GUGUAACUUCCGGUAGGGAGGGGAUGGGAGUUGUAGUACGCAAGCGCAAACAUGAUUUGUAGUAGCACACAUUUCUGUAGUUGGGGAAAGUUAUUAAACGUCGUUGCCUUGUGAAUAUUUGCAAUUGUAGUUGGCGUAUUCUAGGUGGCGUAGCUACAUAACAUAGCUUCCAAUGUACUAACCUGUUCAACAAUACGAAUUACCCCAAGAGAAAGAUGGCGUGGGUGAGUAUCUUGAAAAUAUGCUAGCUAGCUAAUCUUAGCUAACUAGUUUCUUCAGCUAGCUUUUGCCGGGGUGGCAAGGAGAAAAGUCACACAUUUUACUCAUUAUCUUUCAAGUUAGGUUUGUUAGCUAACGUUAGCUAGUUAUUAUACACUAGGACUAGGUCAUUCAGGUUCGUCUCAAUGAUCUUGAAUUUGUACAGUAAGUUAGCCAGUAGCUAGCACGACUAAUGUUAGGUAGCUAGCUGAAAUACAAUUUGUGACUCAACCCUAUGUGGCAUGUUGCUGGUUAGUUAGCCGUAUCUCAUAAUUAUAUGUACUGACGUUGUAUGCGUAUUUUAGUAGUCUCUAAUUUGACUAUUUAUUAGGAUUUAUGCCAUGACCGUUAUGAAAAUACAUGACAUUGUAUUUCAUAGUAGUAACCAUAUGUGUAAUGGAUUGAUAUUUACAUUUGAGUCAUUUAGCAGACGCUCUUAUCCGGAGCGACUUACAGUUAGUGCAUACAUUUCCCCCCCCCCCCGUGGGAAUCGAACCCACAACCCUGGCGUAGCAAGCGCCAUGCUCUACCAACUGAGCUACACGGGACUACAACACAACUUCCUGUGUUGGUUUGAAUUACACUACUGCACCCAUCUGAAUCAAAGUUCCCCAGAGACAGACUGUCUGCCUCUGGUAUGCAACGUUUUUGGGGACAUUCUCCCAAAUAAGACAGUUUGUUUAUUGUAUGAAGAUGGACACACAGUGUAGUGGGUCCAGCCACAUGCCAUGCUAGGGGAAAGGGAAAUCGAGAGGAAGACACUGAUUGGGUGGGUGGCUUCCUCACGCCAUUGUGUUCACAACGUUCUCGACUAUUGGGGUUUUACUUCUGAUCGCAUUGGUCAGAGCAUCUUUUUUUUUUUUUUUUUUUCACCUUUAUUUAACCAGGUAAGCCAGUUGAGAACAGGUUCUCAUUUACAACUGCGACCUGGCCAAGAUAAAGCAAAGUAGUGCAAUAAAAACAACACAGAGUUACAUAUGGGGUAAAAAAAAAACAAAGUCAGAAAUACAACAGAAAAUAUAUAUACAGUGUGUGCAAAUGUAGCAAGUUAUGGAGGUAAGGCAAUAAAUAGGCUAUAGUGCAGAAUAAUUACAAUAGUAUUAACACUGGAAUGCUAGAUGUGCAAGAGAUUAUGUGCAAAUAGAGAUACUGGGGUGCAAAAGAGCAAAAUAAAUAACAAUAUAGGGAUGAGGUAGUUGGGUGGGCUAAUUUCAGAUGGGCUGUGUACAGGUGCAGUGAUCGGUAAGGUGCUCUGACAACUGAUGCUUAAAGUUAUUGAGGGAGAUAAGAGUCUCCAGCUUCAGAGAUUUUUGCAAUUCGUUCCAGUCAGGGCUUUGAGGGCAAGGCCAAUUCGUUCCAUCUCAGCACAGGCCAGGGCUUUGAGGGCAAGGCCUAAAGAAAGCGGUGGUUUUCUAUUGCGCCCCUCCACCAGGUAUGAUCUGCAGGGCCCGUGAAAGGCUGUGGCGGCCCCCCCAGUAGCGGUCACCACGGCGGGGGACACCAGGACCUCCGUCUGCAGGGUGGUCAUCUACCUCCAGAGGGACAUGUCCGGGGACAGCUGCCAGCUCCCCCUGCACCGGCUGCUCCUCCACCCUCAGACCCAGGCCAUCUCCACUGGCUCCCAAGCCAUUAGACCUCCCCAUGAAGGUAUACAUGGAACAGUGGGCAAUAAGCGCAGUGGUUGGUUAUGAAUGAACGUGCCAAUAUCCUCUGUGUUUAUGUAGGCUAUACAUUGUGCUAGGCUGACAGUUUUGAAUAUAUAUGAUGUGUAUGCAAUCUUUUAAAUUCUUGUAUGGUGAUGCCGAAGAGACAUUUCCAUCCUAUUCUCCCCCUCCCAAGCCUCCCAGAUGGCGUGUCCCAAGACCAAGACGUGCAGCUACAGAGCGGCGGUGGGCCUGGGUAACAAGUACGUGCGUCUGAACGUAGGGGGGACCCUGUUCUACACCACGCUGCAGGUGCUCACCAGGCAGGACUCCAUGCUGAAGGCCAUGUUCAGUGGCAGGAAGGAGGUCUUCAUUGACAGAGAGGGUGAGAAGGACUGUCAAUUAACAAUUACGAAAGGCUGAGUUCCCUUCCAAAAAGUCUGUCGCUCUUAUGGAUCAGAAACAUAGAGGGAACUCUACUUAGUCUAAUACUAGACUUCGGAAUGGAACAGAUGGCUAAAGCAACAAACAUCAGCAAUGAUUACAAAUACCAUUUAGAUGUACAUGUACAGGCCUUAUGGCAGGCACAUCAUCAAAAAGAUACACAGAACUAUGCUACUAUAAAGAUUGGACCGGAACUGACCGUUGCCUUUCAUUUGCCUUGCAUGGUCCUUUCCAGGCUGGAUCCUGAUAGAUCGUAGUGGGAAGCACUUUGGCUCCAUCCUGACGUACCUGCGGGAGGAAGCGGUCACCUUGCCCCCUGGCAGGCAGGGGGUUCUGGAGCUGCUGGCAGAGGCCAAGUAUUACCUGAUCCAGGGUCUGAUGGAGCUGUGCCAGGGAGGCCUGCAGGUCAGUGAUACGGAGAGCGACGUGCUCCCCAAAUGGCCCAUAGGACUCUGGACGAAAGUAGUGCACUUCAUAGGGAAUAGGGUGCUUGAGGUGCAGGCUGUGUGUUCCAACCUGCAGCUUUGCUAGAUGCUAGAUCUGUGCAUGAAGGCAACAGAUUGUAAUGUAUGUUUGUUUGCUGCCGUUUUGGCCAACUUGAACAAGUGCUCCACAGAUUGCUUCCUCGCGUUGUGAUAUUUGAUUUGCUUUGACUAGUGUGUCUACUCUGUUAGUGGCUAUAGGACAACACUACUGUUUGUUUACCAUCAGUGGCAGUUAGGGCUGACACAAUUACAGUGUAACCGAUGGUUAUGGAUGAAGACUGUCAUGAAAAUAAAAUAACCAUCAUAACCGUAAAAAAAACUUUUGUGGAACGAACAGCUUACUGAAGACGGGACGGCUGGGUAUUCGUGUGGUUGAGACAGUUUCGGCUCUAACAUGGACUCUUAACAAUGUGAUUAAACAUGUUUGGUUCCUUGCUGAAACGAGGAAACAGGUAUUUAGUUGCCUAGGCAAUGCCCACCACGAUGCAGCAGCAGUAAUGUCAGUUGAGUUGAAUCAACAAACAGCACAUAUAGUAUACAGUGAGGGGGGAAAAAAGUAUUUGAUCCCCUGCUGAUUUUGUACGUUUGCCCACUGACAAAGAAAUGAUCAGUCUAUAAUUUUAAUGGUAGGUUUAUUUGAACAGUGAGAGACAGAAUAACAACAAAAAAAUCCAGAAAAACGCAUGUCAAAAAUGUUAUAAAUUGAUUUGCAUUUUAAUGAGGGAAAUAAGUAUUUGACCCCCUCUCAAUCAGAAAGAUUUCUGGCUCCCAGGUGUCUUUUAUACAGGUAACGAGCUGAGAUUAGGAGCACACUCUUAAAGGGAGUGCUCCUAAUCUCAGCUUGUUACCUGUAUAAAAGACACCUGUCCACACAAGCAAUCAAUCAAUCAGAUUCCAAACUCUCCGCCAAGACCAAAGAGCUGAGGAAUCAGCCCAGAACUACACGGGAGGAUCUUGUCAAUGAUCUCAAGGCAACUGGGACCAUAGUCACCAAGAAAACAAUUGGUAACACACUACGCCGUGAAGGACUGAAUUCCUGCAGCGCCCGCAAGGUCCCCCUGCUCAAGAAAUCACAUAUACAGGCCCGUCUGAAGUUUUCCAAUGAACAUCUGAAUGAUUCAGAGGAGAACUGGGAAAAAGUGUUGUGGUCAGAUGAGACCAAAAUCGAGCUCUUUGGCAUCAACUCAACUCGCCGUGUUUGGAGGUGGAGGAAUGCUGCCUAUGACCCCAAGAACACCAUCCCCACCGUCAAACAAGGAGGUGGAAACAUUAUGCUUUGGGGGUGUUUUUCUGCUAAGGGGACAGGACAACUUCACCGCAUCAAAGGGACGAUGGACGGGGCCAUGUACCGUCAAAUCUUGGGUGAGAACCUCCUUCCCUCAGCCAGGGCAUUGAAAAUGGGUUGUGGAUGGGUAUUCCAGCAUGACAAUGACCCAAAACACACGGCCAAGGCAACAAAGGAGUGGCUCAAGAAGAAUACCUUUGGGAUGAAUUGGAACGCGGAGUGCGAGCCAGGUCUAACAGCCCGACCUCACUAAUGCUCUUGUGGCUGAAUGGAAGCAAGUCACCGCAGCAAUUACAUGUUAGUCAUUUAGCAGACACUCUUAUCCAGAGCGACUUACAGUUAGUGAGUGCAUACAUUUUCAUACAGCAAUGUUCUAACAUCUAGUGGAAAGCCUUGCUAGUAGAAGAGUGGAGGCUGUUGUAGCAGCAACUUCAUAUUAAUAACCAUGAUUUUGGAAUGAAAUGUUCGACGAGCACGUACUUUUGGUCAUGUAGUGUACAGUCGUGGUCAAACGUUUUUUGAGAAUGACACAAGUAUUGGUCUUCACAAAGUUCGCUGCUUCAGUGUUAUGAGAUAUUUUUGUCAGAUGUUACUAUGGUAUACUGAAGUAUAAUUACAAGCAUUCCAUAAGUGUGAAAGGCUUUUAUUGACAAUUACAUAAAGAUUCAAUAUUUGCAGUGUUGACCCUUCUUUUUCAAGACCUCUGCAAUCCACCCUGGCAUGCUGUCAAUUAACUUCUGGGCCACAUCCUGACUGAUGGCAGCCCAUUCUUGCAUUAUCAAUGCUUGGAGUUUGUCAGAAUUUGUGGGUUUUUGUUUGUCCACCCGCCUCUUGAGGAUCGACCACAAGGGGAUUAAGGUCUGGGGAGUUUCCUGGCCAUGGACCCAAAAUGUCGAAGUUUUGUUCCCCGAGCCACUUAGUUAUCACUUUUGCCUUAUGGCAAGGUGCUCCAUCAUGCUGGACAAGGCAUUGGUCGUCACCAAACUGUUCUUUGAUGGUUGGGAGAAGUUGCUCUCGGAGGAUGUGUUGGUACCAUUCUUUAUUCAUGGCUGUGUUCUUAGGCAACAUUGUGAGUGAGCCCACUCCCUUGGCUGAGAAGCAACCCCACACGUGAAUGGUCUCGGGAUGCUUUACUGUUGGCAUGACACAGAACUGAUGGUAGCGCUCACCUUGUCUUCUCCGGACAAGGUGUUUUCCGGAUGCCCCAAACAAUCAGAAAGGGGAUUCAUCAGAGAAAAGGACUUUACCCCAGUCCUCAACAGUCCAAUCCCUGUACCUUUUGCAGAAUAUCAGUCUGUCCCUGAUGUUUUUCCUGGAGAGAAGUGGCUUCUUUGCUGCCCUUCUUGACACCAGGCCAUCCUCCAAAACUCUUCGCCUCACUGUGCGUGCAGAUGCACUCACACCUGCCUGCUGCCAUUCCUGAGCAAGCUCUGCACUGGUGGUGCCCCGAUCCCGCAGCUGAAUCAACUUUAGGAGACGGUCCUGGCGCAUGCUGGACUUUCUUGGGCGCCCUGACGCCUUCUUCACAACAGUUGAACCUCUCUCCUUGAAGUUCUUGAUGAUCCGAUAAAUGGUUGAUUUAGGUGCAAUCUUACUAGCAGCAAUAUCCUUGCCUGUGAAGCCCUUUUUGUGCAAAGCAAUGAUGACGGCACGUGUUUCCUUGCAGGUAACCAUGGUUAACAGAGGAAGAACAAUGAUUUCAAGCACCACCCUCCUUUUAAAGCUUCCAGUCUGUUAUUCUAACUCAAUCAGCAUGACAGAGUGAUAUCCAGCCUUGUCCUUGUCAACACUCACCUGUGUUAACGAGAGAAUCGCUGACAUGAUGGAAGCUUGUCCUUUUGUGGCAGGGCUGAAAUACAGUGGACAUUUUUUUUUUUUCAUGGCAAAGAGGGACUUUGCAAUUAUUUGCAAUUCAUCUGAUCACUCUUUUGCCAUCAUCAACUGAGGCAGCAGACUUUGUGAAAAUUAGUAUUUGUGUCUCAAAACCUUUGACCACGACUGUAUAUUUAAGCACAUAUUUUACUUCCUGCUUUGUUUCCGAAGGGUACACUCGCAAUGGGCGCCAGUCCACCCAUUACGCCAUCAUUGACUUGAAUGGGGAUGCCGGUUCUAUUCAUUCUAUUUCUAUGGCAGCAUAUGCAGUCAGGAGAGGAGAAAAUGUUUGUCUAAAAACAACUGUAAAAUAAAUUUAAAAAAAUAUAUUUUUUUACGUUUUAGUCAUUUAGCAGACGCUCUUAUCCAGAGCGACUUACAGUUAGUGAGUGCAUACAUUUUCCAUACUGGCCCCCUUGGGAAUCGAACCCACAACCCUGGCGUUGCAAGCGCCAUGCUCUACUUUUUAAAUUGAUUUUGCUGUUCGAACCGUUAUUAUGGGGGGACCACCAUCAUCAUCAUUUGGCUGGCCAAUCAGUCAUUCAAAAUUCCAUGAUGUCACAACCCUAGAGGCAGUGGGUAUAAUGUGUUUGCGUCUCAAAUGGCUCCCUAUUCCCCAUGUAGAGUACUACUUUUGACCAGGGCCCCUAGUGCACUAAAUUGGUAAUAGUGUACCAUUUAGGAUGCUGUGAGUGUGAUGUUAAUUGGAAUGCCUGGCAUUCAGUAUUUGGACUAGCCAAGGUUCUACUUGGGAGAUUCUGCUGUCUCCAUGGUGACAGCGAUACAUGCGGUAAAGAGAUCAAUCGAACCUGACCAAAACAAUGGAAAUGCGUGGGGGGGAAAGAUCCUGAAUCUCCUCAUUGCCCCCCCCCCCCCAGCAAAAUUAGCCUACAUUUUAGGCUACUGUUUCUAUGUGUAUUUCACACUGUUGAGGAAAAAAUCUGUAUAAUGCUUGUAUGGAUGUCAACCCCAAUACAUGUUCAUGUCAUCGUCACCAACCAACAGCAUUACAGUUCAAAACGACUGACUAUCACCACCGAUUUCUGUAUGCUAGCUAUGCUACCAGCUUGUACCAACGGGAGUUAGCAUUUAGUUGUCACUUGUUCUUUUAAACCUGAAAAGGGACAACUUCUAAUUGUCAUGCAGUGAAAACAGCCAAAUCUAUCCAAAUCAGACUUUAGUUACCACAUUGUGGGCCUGUUACAAAACAUAAAUCAUUACGGAUUUGACGAAUAUCGACUUCGUUAGAUCAGAUUUUUUGAAUGCGCGCCAAUCCAGCGUCCUUCAUCUAUCCCCCAUGGUCUGCGUUCCAUUAACCUCUUUACCACGUCUAUGCUGAGGAGUCUUGAAUCAAUGCCAUGUUGAAUAAAAAAAAACGCUCUGGCUUUCAUUCAUGUCCCCUUUUUUUUUUUUUGGUCACUAAACGGUUUAUGAAUGAAGUGUAGUCGUCAUUUUCAGAUUGGAAUUUACUGCUCAGAUGCUUAUAUGAAUAAAUCUUUGAGCAAGUCUUAAGACUGAAAUGAUUGCAUUAUAAGAGAGAUGCUCUACCUCAGAGAUGCUUAAGGUUUGUACAAUGUUUGAUGUAAUAUGCUCUACACUUGUGGUAGUUUAGUGAAUACAAGUUUAAACCACGGUUGGGCGGUAUACCCUAUACCGGGUAUUUGGAAAAAUCCUCAGGAUGGUUUUUCAAUACCAUUUUAAAACUAUUUAUUUAUUUAUUUUUAUGAAUUUGAAUAUUUUUUUAAACUACUUAAGUAAAUACCUGCAGUCAAUUUGGUCAAAAAGUUAGGAGAUUAAGGACAUUGCUUCACAUUGUUAUGAAAUCUACGGUAGUCCCACGCAAUGACGAGAGACCGGAGCUUUGUGAGUCACUCUCUGUCAUGCAAUGUCCCCUAUAGCUCAGUUGGUAGAGCAUGGCGCUUGCAACGCCAGGGUUGUGGGUUCGUUUCCCACGGGGGGCCAGUAGGAAAAUGUAUGCACUCUGGAUAAGAGCUAAAUGACUAAAAUGUAAAUGCAACAUGCUCCGGGUGAUCAAAUUACAGUAGGAAAUGCACAACUACAUGUUUGCCAGCUAGAUGUCUUAUAACUAUUAAAUUAAUUGUCUAAAAUGUGGUAAAUGCUUUGCAGUUGUGCAUUUGGUUUGCUAAUUUAGUAGCUAGUUAGCCAAGUGGUUAGCUUCUUCCAAAAUCAAGCAUUCGUUUGGUAACAGCAGAGAAUCCCCUCCUGGAUCAAGAGCCUUGCAAGCUAAUAUUUGUUUUGUGCGUGCAGCAAACUGUGAGUAGCGUUUUUGAGUUACUUGUAUACUUCACAGGAGGUUGGUGGCACCUUAAUUGGGGAGGACGAGCUCGUGGUAAUGGCUGGAGCAGAAUUAGUGGAAUGGUAUCAAACACAUGGUUUCCGUGGUUUCCGUCUGCUAAAUGACGUAAAUGUAAUAGUUUAGGUCAGAAACUGUACAAAAUGUUCGCAUUGCGCUCGUUAGUAUUUUAGGUAGCGUGGAUGAAUUUUGGCCGACAUUCUGCAAAUUUUCUCAUCAAUGAAACAUUUGAUCUCAAUGCAGUUUUAUGUUCCCAAAACUAAAAUCUGUUACGAACACAGUGGACAGUUUUGUGGGCUUCAAUCUUUGCAAAAGUUUCAAAAAAUUGUGUUGUUUAGAAGAAGUGCAAAGGCGAAUUGAGUUAUUGCACACUUCAGAGUAGGCGUUCCCUAACGGAAAUAUGCAAAUGUUUGCUAGAAUGCACUAAAUAGGAUCUUGCUAACUCGUGCUUGGCUCUGCCCACUUCCUUGCUUGUUCUGCCCACUCAUUUGUUCCCGUUGGAAACGACAGUUAUGAAAGUCUUUGUGGGAGCUUUGUGAGGUGAGUCACUUCUGCAGCACAACUUAAGUGAGGUGAUCAAGUUACACUUCACUACUGUUUGCCAGCCAUAUAUCUUAUAACUAUGAAGUUAACUAUCUAAUGUGUGCUAAAUUCUCUCCAGCUGGGUUUUGCUAACUUGCUAAUGUUAGCUAAGUGGCUAACGUUAGCUUGCAGUACACAAUCUCCUCCUGGAUUAAGAUCCCUGCUGCCUAAUAUUUGUAUUGUGCAUGCUGCAAACUGUGUUUUGAGAUUCUUGCAUAACUUUAUGAGCUGGGUUGUCUGUCCUAGUAAUAAAGGUUUGCAUGCGCUCAUUAGCAUUUACCUAGCAUCCGCUAUGAGAAUGCCUUAGUACUUGUUAGCAUUUUGUUAGCAAUCUGGUAAGAGUUUAUUUAUUUAUUAUUUUGUAGAAAAAAAUAGUGCCCCUUGUGUGCACUACCGGUAAUAUCAUAUAUCCUGGGAUGGCACAAGCACGGUAUGAAGGUAUGGAAAUCUGGAUACCACCAACCCUAGUUUCAACCAUCUUUACACUCUUAUAUGGAGGAGGUGAAUGUUAAAUUCCGGUCCAUUCCAAUUCUGUGAGCGUGCUUCAAUCAAUAAAGGAACUUUCACCUCGCCUUCUGACCUGACUGAGUUGUUGAAAUGGAAUUGACCCGAGCCCUACUAUAUGUCCUGACACAAAGCCUUUGUAUUGUUCAGCAGCACAGAGCCAGUGAGAGUGGAACCAGGCAUUUAGACUGGUUCUGGACCUCUUUCUCUCUAUGUACAAUACCAGCCUGCCUGUGGUGUCUGUUAUGUACUAUACCCGCCUGCCUGUGGUGUCUGUUAUGUAAUAUACCAGCCUGUCUGUUAUGUACUACACCAGCCUGUCUGUGGUGUCUGUUAUGUACUAUACCAGCCUGCCCGUGGUGUCUGUUAUGUACUAUACCAGCCUGCCUGUGGUGUGUUUGAUUAACAGGACCAGAAGGAGCAGUCUCUGUGUGUAAUCCCUGUGGUGUGUUUGAUUAACAGGACCAGAAGGAGCAGUCUCUGUGUGUAAUCCCUGUGGUGUGUUUGAUUAACAGGACCAGAAGGAGCAGUCUCUGUGUGUAAUCCCUGUGGUGUGUUUGAUUAACAGGACCAGAAGGAGCAGUCUCUGUGUGUAAUCCCUGUGGUGUGUUUGAUUAACAGGACCAGAAGGAGCAGUCUCUGUGUGUAAUCCCUGUGGUGUGUUUGAUUAACAGGACCAGAAGGAGCAGUCUCUGUGUGUAAUCCCUGUGGUGUGUUUGAUUAACAGGACCAGAAGGAGCAGUCUCUGUGUGUAAUCCCUGUGGUGUGUUUGAUUAACAGGACCAGAAGGAGCAGUCUCUGUGUGUAAUCCCUGUGGUGUGUUUGAUUAACAGGACCAGAAGGAGCAGUCUCUGUGUGUAAUCCCUGUGGUCACCUCUGCCAAGGAGGAGGAGAGACUGAUCCAGGCCUGCACCAAGCCUGUAGUGAAGCUGCUGUACAACAGAAGCAACAACAAGUACUCCUAUACCAGGUACUACUACACGUCUAGUGAACCCUAUGCCUGUUCUGUUGUUUGGAGAGUCAAUAAUAGUUAAUGACUGUAGGUAAGUGCUUAGUGAGGGCAUAUAAUAAUAAUUUACAUUUUAGUCAUUUAGCAGACGCUCUUAUCCAGAGCGACUUACAGUUAGUGAGUGCAUACAUUAUUAUUUUUUUAUACUGGCCCCCCAUGGGAAACGAACCCACAACCUUGGCGUUGCAAACGCCAUGCUCUACCAACUGAGCCAAAUCCCUGCCGGCCAUUCCCUCCCCUACCCUGGACGACGCUGGGCCAAUUGUGCGCCGCCCCAUGGGUCUCCCGGUCGCGGCCGGCUACGACAGAGCCUGGAUUCGAACCAGGAUCUCUAGUGGCACAGCUAGCACUGCGAUGCAGUGCCUUAGACCACUGCGCCACUCGGGAGACUGCACAAUAAUAAUAAUAAUAAUAUGCCAUUUAGCAGACGCUUUUAUCCAAAGCGACUUAGUCAUGUGUGCAUAAAUUUUUACGUAUGGGUGGUCCCGGGGAUCGAAUCCACUACCCUGGCGUUACAAGCGCCGUGCUCUACCAGCUGAGCUACAGAGGACCACUCAUCAUGUACUGUGUUGACAAUGAAAUACUUCCUGUACCUCCUGACCUAUGGGUUGUACUCCUCCACAGUAACUCAGACGACAACCUGUUGAAGAAUAUUGAGCUGUUUGACAAGCUGUCUCUGAGCUACAAUGGCCGCGUUCUCUUCAUCAAGGACGUGAUCGGUGACGAGAUCUGCUGCUGGUCGUUCUACGGACAGGGACGCAAGCUGGCGGAGGUCUGCUGCACAUCCAUAGUCUACGCCACAGAGAAAAAACAGACCAAGGUUGGUUCGGAGUUACACGCGCGCACACACACACACAAGUUUUGUCCUGCAGCUAAUCUUCAUGUUGACCCCGUCUGUCCGUCUGUCUGUCUCUAUCCCAGGUGGAGUUCCCAGAGGCCAGGAUCUACGAGGAGACCCUGAACGCUCUGCUCUACGAGACACUUCCUGUCCCUGACGACACCCUAUUGGAGGCCACACGCCGUCGCCACGCCCACUGUGGUUCCCACAGCGAGGAGGAGGAAGGCCCCACCCACUCGGGGGUGGACCUUAGGGAGCGCGUACGCCGCAUCCACGUCAAGAGGUACAGCGCCUACGACGACCGGCCGCUGGGACACUAAGGGCUCCCCGUCUCACCGUCAGUCACAUCUCAAUGAGGGCCUCAUAAUGGUCAGAUGAUUCAUCAACCCUAUCAUAUCCUUCCUGCUACGGUCCUUGGUGAGAGGGAGUGAUGGCUCUGCUACAGUCCUUGGUGAGAGGGAGUGAUUGCUCUGCUACAGUCCUUGGUGAGAGGGAGUGAUUGCUCUGCUACAGUCCUUGGUGAGAGGGAGUGAUUGCUCUGCUACAGUCCUUGGUGAGAGGGAGUGAUG